AUGUCUGAAUAUCUCCAAAGGGAAUCGCUGUUAUCUGAUAGACAAACCGGGUUUCGAGCUCAUUAUAGUUGCGUUAGUGCAUUAGUUGAAGUUUCGGAAUCGAUAAGGAGUAAAAUUGAUGAUGGUAAUAGUAAAAGAUUUACUCUACGAGACUUGGAUGUCACUAUAAAUCGUCAGAAGAUUGAUAUUGUGUCUAGUGCGAAGAAUUUAGGUGUAAUUUUUAAUAGCUCAUUGACUUGGUCUAAUCAUGUGAAUGCUAUAGCAGGGCAGACAUAUGCAAAGCUGCGUACACUGUGGAUCACACACUCUUAUACACCUAUUGAGGUUCGGACUCUAUUAGCGAAGAUGUUUCUAAUUCCUGGUUUGAUCUAUGGCUGUGAACUGUUUGCGAACUGCGAUUCACUAAGCCAACGGAAAUUGAAUGUAGUUUUUAACAGCAUUAUUCGACACAUUGGCCGCACGUGCGCCAAUAUUGUUGCAACGCUACCAAUUGAUUUUACUGCUUUUAGUCGUGCCGUGAAAGCGUUCGCCGACAAUUGUCGCAUAACCAAACGUUUGAGAAUUUCAUGGCGCGUGAAUUGCUUACCGUUCUAUGUGUAUCUUUUUUCAAUAGCCUUGUGGCAUUGUUGUGGUAUCUUUACAGAUGUGGCAAAUUUGGAAUAUGAAAAAAUCAUAGCGGAGGCUGGCAAAAAUGUAACCAUACCCUGUCCGGGUGUCACCGAACACUCCCUGGUGGAUACUUUGGUAUGGAAGACAACCACAACGACGAUAGUCCAGUUCGCCAAUCGUUUGCCAUUGCUGCACAGUCCUCGGAUUCAACUGUUGUCGGAGAAUUUUGCAUUACACUUUGCUCCGGCCAUUGCUGCCGAUACGGCGGAAUAUAUUUGUCUGGUAAAUGACCGGCAUAUACCAGAAGCAAUUGUUGAUUUACUGGUGCAAGAUGUACCAGAUCCUCCAGAACGACCAUUGCUGAUAAGUUUUACGUCACGUUCGGUUAACUUAUCGUGGGCCCAUUCACAGCAUCCACGGAAUGCUCCCGUAACGCAUUUCAUUAUUGAAACACGAGUGGGCGAAAAUGGUCAAUGGGAUCAAGUGCCACAAAUACAAACAAAAUCAAAUGUAACAUCCCAUCAAGUCACCGGGCUGGUGCCCUUUACCGUCUACAGUUUUCGCCUGAAGGCUGUCAACAAGCUGGGCAUUAGUCCCCCCUCCAAAGAAUCCUACUACAUAGUGACCUUGCGUGAGGCUCCUACGGGUAAACCUAUACCCACAGAAGCCCACAAUACAUCAUCCACCUCUGUAUAUAUUUCAUGGAAACCACCGCCACCCGAUACGAUACUAGGAGAAUUUUUGGGUUAUCGCAUCACCUACAGACCACGAGAUCGCAAUCCCAAUGACACCAAAGAAAUCUACAUACGCGACUCUACAAUCGAGAAUCACGAGAUACUCAAUUUGGAACCAUAUACACAGUAUAAGGUUACCGUUCAGGUCUUUAACCCCGAGGGUUUGGGCCCUGAAACAACAAUAUUGGUCAUGACCGAUGAAGGAGGGACCACACAUUCAUUUACAACUAAAAUCCAUUUAAUCUAG